CGGAAGUAAGAAUCUUUCUAGAAACAGCGCUUCAUGCAUUUCAGAGUUAACCUUCAUCAGUUCACUAAAUAAGGGUUAUUCAGGAUAAACGCAGCGAUGGAUAUCAACGAACUGAUCAGCGGUCUUGAGAAUGAUUUAAAAGAGAUUACGAGUCUACUGGAGAAAUGUGAACGACAGCGUGUGCGAGACGUGUUAACACAAGAACAGAAGAAAAUAGAUAAAGAGCUCGCACAGAAGCGACAGCAGCAAGCCAAGAAAGACUCUGCAACUGAUGCAACACUCAAAGGAUACACAGUUAAAAUUAACAAUUAUGGAUGGGACCAGUCUGACAAAUUUGUCAAAAUCUACAUCACGCUAAAAGGAGUGCAUACUAUUCCAGCUGAAAAUGUUGAGGUCAGCUUUACAGAUAGAUGUUUCAAUGUUCUUGUCAAAGAUCUGGAUAAAAAGAACCAUCAAAUGACAGUCAACAACCUUUUAUUUCCAAUUGUUGUAGCUGAGAGCAAUAAAAAGAUUAAAACGGACAUGGUCCUUAUUAUGUGCAAGAAGGAGGCAACAAAAAAAUGGGAUUGUUUGACACAAGUUGAAAAACUUUCUAAAGAGAAAGAUAAACCUAACAUGGAUGUGAAGGCUGAUCCAAGCGAGGGACUGAUGAACAUGCUGCAGAAGAUCUACAGUGAUGGUGAUGACGAGAUGAAGCGCAUUAUUAACAAGGCGUGGUGUGAGUCUCGGGAGAAGAAGGCCAAAGGAGAUGACUUUGACUUCUGAGUUUCACAUUGAAUGACCCAAGCUGCACCUGAUGCAUUUGUCUUUCCAGUUUAUUAGGAUCUUUUUCUUUUUUUUAAUACUCUGUUCCAUUUGGACUUGACUGUUAAUUAAAGAUAUGAAUUUUUCCAGCUAUUAUUUUGACUGGUUAAAUUUUGACGUUUAAUAUGUUGCAUUUGUAUAAAGGAUGAAAAAAUGUUCAUUGAUUUUCGCAAACCACAUUCUUGCAUUUAUUUUUACCUUGGCAGUGGAACAUGCUAAUAAAGGAAGACUGACAUUU